UAUGGAGAACAUGCUCAUGUCCCUCUUUGCAUGGCUUCUGGUACCAGCAGUGAUGAGUAUUGAUACCACUUUUUAUCCUUGUGAACAUGACCUGAAUGAAACCAUUGUGGACUGCACAGGAAGAGACUUCACCAAAGUUCCUAAAAUCAUAUCUCUAAAGGUGCUGUCUCUAAACUUAAAUCACAACAAAAUUGGGCGUGUUAAAAGUAAUGCCUUCUCUGGUGUCCCCAAUCUGAUAAACCUCUCUAUGAUGUGGAAUUGUGCCCCUGGUCGGUACAAGAACCUAGGGAUUCCUUGCACUUUCACAAUUGACUCCAAUGCCUUUGUGGAACUUAAAUACUUGCAAACCCUUCACUUGACCGGAAACAGUCUCACAGCCAUACCCGCUCUACCAAAGAGCCUGGAGGUCCUGAACCUGGAGUAUAACAACGUCUAUAAACUCACAAAACCAUUGGGUACCCGAAACCUCACGCACCUAUUGCUCACAAAGAACUGUUUUUAUGCCAACCCUUGCAACCACACAUUUGUGAUCACGCAGGAGGUCCUCAAGGACCUCCCAAAGCUUAAAGUCCUCCACCUGGGCUUCAACAAUAUAUCCAGAGUGCCAACAGGCCUACCUGACUCCUUGACAAAUCUUGACCUGAGAGAGAAUAAGAUAACAAAGAUUCCUUCAAAUGCAUUCAGCACCCUACGCAAAUUAUCCACUCUGAACCUGGCAUGGAACUGUCAGCGAUGUGACCAUGCCGCGGAGCCCUGCUAUCCUUGUCCUGGUAACAAGCCCCUUACGCUGUAUAACAACACCUUCUAUGACCAGAGCAAUUCCCUAAGGAAUCUCAGCUUGCGAGGAAACUCUCUCCGCACAUUACCACCUGGACUCUUUGCCCAUCUGCGAAGGCUCGAGAUCCUCGAUCUCUCGGAUAAUCUGUUAGCCUUCACCAUACGUAAUGGAACUUUUUAUCAGCACCUAAGCAAUGUUAAAAAUCUGAAUCUGAUGUAUAACUAUCAACCAUUGAAAUCCUUUGACAGCCUUGUUCUAUCACCUUUCCUGGCAAACAUGUCACGUUUGGAAUCACUGUCUCUGAAUGGCUAUUUCUUUCGCUCAUUUUCUCCAAAAAGCCUGGAGAUCCUUUCCAACCUCUCAAAUCUGAGAUACCUAGACUUACGAUCCAACUUUAUCAGUUCCUGUAGCAUGAGUGCCUUUCAGCAUUUUAAGUCACUGAGAAAAGUGGUGCUUUCACAAAACUUACUUGAUUUUAUCCCACUCUGUAAACAGAAGAAUGUGGAGUGGCUGUCAGAACCUCAGGGUCCUAGAGCAAUCUGGAACAGACGAAAGGACAGUCAGUAUGAAGAUGAUUCAGAAUUUGAGCCCCUUUUAAAAAACACUCCAGUGAACUAUGACCGGAUUUGGCCUAACUUAACCAUGUAUAAUUUUUACAAAAUGUUGUGCUCAGGACAGCUAUCUUUUGACCUGUCCUACAAUAAUAUCCUGACUGUAAAUUCAAGCGUUUUCAUAGGCAUGGAAAAAGUAGUCUGCUUAGAUAUGUCCUUCAACUACCUGAGCUUAAAACCAAAUGGACAGCAGUUCUCUAGUCUAGAAAAACUUUCAUACUUUAACUUGGCCCACAAUCGAGUAGACCUGUACUUUACAGAAGCCUUUCAUGAACUGAAGGACACGAUGAAGGUCCUUGACCUCAGCUAUAAUGCAUUCUCAUUCCUCAUGAUGGGUAUUGGGCACAAUUUCACUUUUUUGCGGGAACUUACCUCUCUUGAAGCUCUCAGUCUGGACGAUAAUCAGAUUGGCUACCGUGUCUCAAACCUGUUUAGUGCUUCUCUGAAGUACCUCUACUUUGCUGGGAAUAGGCUGGAUAUUAUGUGGGGAAGUAGUGAUCAGUACAGUAAUUUCUUUCAGGGCCUCACAAAUCUAGAACACUUAGAUAUUUCUAGAAAUCAGUUGAGAUCCGUUUUGCCAGAGGCACUAGUUUGCCUCCCUAAGAGCCUGCUUUUCCUGCGAGUUGAUAGCAACCAGUUAAACUUUUUCCCUUGGGAUAACAUCACGGAACUCCCAGAGCUGCGUUACUUGAACCUGAGUGGAAACUACCUGACAGUUUUGCCAGACAGAGCUGUGUAUGUUGGCCGUAACUUUAGUGGCCUGGACUUGAGUCAUAACUCGAUCGGCGUACUUCCUGAAAAGUUCUUCAGCAAAAUGCCCACCCUUGUCCGACUGCUGCUAAACAACAACCAACUCCGAGUCCUAGAUGCUUGGGGUCUACCUGCGCCACUACGUGACUGUAGAGCAUUAAAAGAACUCACACUGCAUGCAAACCCUUUCAUCUGCAGCUGUGCCACAUCCUGGUUUGUGGAAUAUCUACGUAAAACGAACAUCUCGAUCCCCCAUCUAACCACAACGGUUCGCUGUGGAUUCCCUGAGUCGUUGCAAGGAGAAAACAUCCUCAACGUAGAUCCUUAUUCCUGUCAGGAGAUCAUUGGGGCCUUCCUAUACUCAUCUUUAUUGACUAUAAUACUGACAGUGUUUCCACUUCUAAAGCAGUUGUAUGGAUGGGACCUUUGGUAUUGCUUUCAAGUACUCUGGGCUGGUCACAAGGGGUAUUCCCAAUUCCAGGGAAGCUCUGAAGCAGAGCAUGAUGCAUUUGUGAUUUUCGACACAAGAAUCCUGGCAGUCAGAGACUGGGUCUACAAUGAGCUGGUGGACAACCUUGAAAACAAAGGCAAAUGGAGAUUCAAGCUGUGCCUAGAGGAGCGAGAUUGGGUCCCGGGUGUGUCGUGCAUCGAGAACUUACACAACGCUGUCCACAACAGUCGCAAAACUGUCUUUGUGCUGACAAACCCAGGAGCCCGGUGCCAAGUGAGUGGGGUCAUCCGACAGGCCUUUCUCUUGGUCCAGCAGCGACUGUUGGACGAGAAGGUGGACGUGGCAGUGCUGGUUUUGCUUGACCCUCUUUUCCACAAGUUCAAGUACCUGCAGAUGAGGAAGCGUUUGUGCAGGAAAUCCGUGAUCUCCUGGCCCAGAAACCCCCUGGCACAGCCUGUGUUCUGGAACCAGCUUCGCGGUGCCCUUGCAGCGGACAACGUCGGCCAGUAUGACAAGAAAGUCACAGGAAGCUUCCUUACAGAUUAGCUUCUCUGAAGCUGAAUAUGGAAUAUGUGGUGUCAUUACUUAUGAACUGAUUGUAUAGCUGAAAAAGGGUUUGAAUGAUUGUCUUGAAUUUUACCAAUGUUCGGUGGGAUUUUAAUAUUUUGGAUUGCUCCUUUCUAGCCAUGUAUAUACAUCAUUGGGGUGUUUCUGAGGGAGGCUAAAUAUUUACAGAAGGUUAAAGUGUAAAUGCAACGUUCUAGUAAUUCAAGAGAAUAAUGAGUAGGCCUAUACAUGUAUAUACUCUAUACUAUACCUAAUUAUGUUGAAUAGAGGAAGAACAAAAAAAGUCCCCACAACAUUUUGUAAGUUUCCAUUUCAUCGCACAUACGUAUUGUAUUAAUAAUGUCACUUGUGAAGGGAAAAUCCCUAUUUGCAAGAAUAUGUAGCAAGGCUGCUGACUGGCAUUUGUAGGAAAAAUUGAGAGGAAAGUUGUAUCAUAUUGUAUUAUAAUAUUUUUCAUAAUAAUCAGUUGUACAGUAUUGACAAGAAUACUUGUUUAUUUACAUGUUAUCAAUAGGUAGUAGUGGCAUAUUUAGAGUUAA